GUUAUAUAUUUGAUGGCUGCCAUCACGGUAGACCUUGCCACGGCCCAGCACAGCACAGUCAUCGAUCUUGACCUUGGGCAAAGCGUCAAACCUCAGCAGUCUCCUUUCAUCUGUGGCGGGCUGUGAGUGAAAAGAGUAACCAUGGGAGAUGCGGAGAUGGCUGUGUUCGGGCCGGCAGCCCCCUUCCUGAGGAAGUCUGACCGUGAGCGUCUCGAGGCACAGACACGGAUCUUCGACAUGAAAAAGGAGUGCUUUGUGCCCGACCCAGUCGAAGAGUUCGUCAAGGCUUCCGUUGUCAGCCGGGAAGACGGGAAAGCCACAGUGGAUAUGUCAAAUGGGAAGCAAGGCACAUUCAAAGAGGAGGACCUUAUGCAACAGAAUCCUCCAAAGUUUGACAAGAUUGAGGACAUGGCCAUGUUGACUUUCCUCCACGAGCCUGCUGUGCUGUUUAACCUCAAAGAGCGUUAUGCAGCCUGGAUGAUCUACACCUAUUCUGGGCUGUUCUGUGUAACUGUCAACCCCUACAAGUGGCUGCCAGUCUACAACCAGGAAGUGGUGAUUGCCUACAGAGGCAAGAAGAGGCAAGAAGCUCCUCCUCACAUCUUCUCUAUCUCUGACAACGCCUACCAGUACAUGCUGGCAGAUCGAGAGAACCAGUCAAUCCUGAUUACUGGAGAAUCUGGUGCAGGAAAGACUGUCAACACCAAGAGAGUCAUCCAGUACUUUGCCAGCAUUGCGGCCAGUGGAGGAAAGAAGGAGACAGAUAAAAAUAAGGGAACCCUGGAGGAUCAAAUCAUCCAGGCCAACCCUGCUCUUGAGGCCUUUGGUAAUGCAAAGACCAUCAGAAAUGACAAUUCCUCCAGAUUCGGAAAAUUCAUCCGUAUCCACUUUGACACUCGAGGAAAGCUGGCUUCAGCUGACAUUGAAACAUAUCUCCUUGAGAAGUCCCGUGUCACCUUUCAGCUUAAAGCCGAGAGAGACUACCACAUCUUCUACCAAAUGCUGUCCAACAAGAAACCCGAAAUACUUGAGAUGCUGCUGGUCUCAUCCAACCCCUAUGACUACUCAUUCAUCUCCCAAGGAGAGACCACCGUGGCCUCCAUCGAUGAUGCUGAUGAGCUCAUGGCCACUGAUUCCGCCUUUGAUGUGCUGGGUUUCACACAAGAGGAAAAAAAUUCUGUGUACAAGUUGACCGGUGCCAUAAUGCACUACGGCAACAUGAGGUUCAAGCAGAAGCAGCGUGAGGAGCAGGCAGAGGCUGAUGGCACUGAGGAUGCUGACAAAUCAGCGUACCUGAUGGGCCUGAACUCUGCUGACCUCAUCAAGGGCCUGUGUCACCCGAGAGUCAAAGUAGGAAACGAGUGGGUCACCAAAGGGCAGACUGUAGAUCAGGUGUACUACGCUAUUGGUGCCCUCUCAAAAUCAGUCUAUGAGAAGAUGUUUUUGUGGAUGGUGGUGAGAAUCAACCAGUCCCUAGAGACAAAGCAGCCCAGACAGUAUUUCAUCGGUGUGCUGGACAUUGCUGGGUUUGAGAUCUUUGAUUUCAACACUUUUGAGCAACUUUGCAUCAACUUCACCAAUGAGAAACUGCAACAGUUUUUCAACCACCACAUGUUUGUGUUGGAACAAGAGGAGUACAAGAAGGAAGGCAUUGAGUGGGAGUUCAUUGACUUUGGCAUGGACUUGCAGGCCUGCAUUGAUCUCAUUGAGAAGCCUAUGGGUAUCAUGUCCAUCCUUGAAGAGGAGUGCAUGUUCCCUAAAGCCUCUGACAACACCUUCAAGGCAAAGCUUUAUGACAACCAUCUUGGAAAAUCUGGAAACUUCCAGAAGCCAAGAAAUGUGAAAGGCAAAGCCGAGGCCCAUUUCUCCCUGGUUCACUACGCUGGCACUGUGGACUACAACAUUUGCAACUGGCUGGUGAAGAACAAGGACCCUUUGAAUGAGACGGUUGUUGGACUUUACCAGAAGUCAUCAUUAAAGCUCCUUUCCAUCCUGUUUCUAGGCUAUGCGGGUGCAGAAUCAGCAGAUGGAGGAAAGAAAGAAAAGAAGAAGAAAGGAUCGUCUUUCCAGACAGUGUCUGCUCUUCACAGGGAAAAUCUCAACAAGCUGAUGACCAACUUGAGGUCGACUCACCCCCACUUUGUGCGCUGCAUCAUCCCCAAUGAGACCAAGACUCCUGGGGCAAUGGAAAACCCUCUGGUGAUGCACCAGCUGCGCUGUAACGGUGUGCUGGAAGGCAUCAGGAUCUGCAGAAAGGGCUUCCCCAACAGGAUCCUCUAUGGAGACUUCAAGCAGAGAUACCGUAUCUUAAACCCAAAUGCAAUCCCAGAGGGACAGUUCAUGGACAGCAGGAAGAGUGCAGAAAAAUUGUUGGCAUCUCUGACGGAUAUUGAUCAUCAACAGUACAGAUUCGGCCAUACCAAGGUAUUCUUCAAAGCUGGUCUCCUGGGUCGACUUGAGGAAAUGCGAGAUGAACGUCUUUCCAAGAUUAUCACGUUAAUCCAAGCCAGGUCACGUGGUCUUCUUUCAAGAAUUGAAUUCCAGAGGAUGGUGGAGCGCAGGGAUGCCUUACUUGUCAUCCAAUGGAAUGUGCGAUCCUUUAUGGCGGUCAAGAAUUGGCCAUGGAUGAAGCUUUUCUUCAAGAUAAAGCCAUUGCUGAGGUCAGCUGAGGCAGAGAAGGAGAUGGCCAACAUGAAGGAUGAAUUCCUGAAAUUGAAAGAGGCCUAUGCAAAAUCUGAGGCUCGCAGAAAGGAGCUUGAAGAAAAGAUGGUCUCACUUCUUCAAGAGAAGAAUGACCUUCAGCUUCAAGUCCAGUCUGAACAAGACAACCUCUGUGAUGCUGAGGAGAGGUGUGAAGGUCUCAUUAAAAGCAAGAUCCAACUGGAGGCAAAGAUCAAAGAGCAGACUGAGAGACUGGAGGAUGAGGAGGAGAUGAAUGCUGAGCUGACUGCUAAGAAGAGGAAGCUGGAGGAUGAGUGCUCAGAGCUCAAGAAGGACAUUGAUGAUCUGGAGCUCACCUUGGCCAAAGUGGAGAAGGAAAAGCAUGCCACAGAAAAUAAGGUCAAGAAUCUGACUGAGGAGAUGGCGGGUCUUGAUGAAAUCAUUGCCAAAUUGACCAAGGAAAAGAAGGCCCUUCAAGAAGCACAUCAGCAAACACUUGAUGACCUGCAGAGUGAGGAAGACAAAGUCAACACCCUCAGCAAGGCCAAAAUCAAGCUGGAGCAACAAGUGGAUGAUCUUGAAGCCUCUUUGGAACAAGAGAAGAAGGUGCGAAUGGAUCUAGAGAGAGCCAAGAGAAAGCUGGAGGGUGACUUAAAGUUGACCCAGGAAAAUGUCAUGGACCUCGAAAAUGACAAACAGCAGCUUGAGGAGAAGCUUAAAAAGAAGGACUUUGAAGUCAGCCAGCUUAAUAGCAAAAUUGAAGAUGACCAAGCCAUUAUUAUGCAACUUCAAAAGAAACUGAAGGAACUUCAGGCGCGAGUGGAAGAGCUGGAGGAAGAGCUUGAGGCAGAGCGAGCUGCCAGAGCUAAAGUGGAGAAGCAGAGAGCAGACCUGGCCAGAGAGCUGGAGGAGAUCAGUGAGAGGCUGGAGGAGGCUGGAGGAGCAACUGUUGCCCAGAUUGAGAUGAACAAGAAGAGGGAGGCUGAGUUCCAGAAGCUGCGCAGGGACCUCGAAGAGGCCACUCUGCAGCAUGAAGCCACAGCCGCCACCCUGAGGAAGAAACAAGCUGACAGCGUGGCCGACCUGGGAGAGCAGAUAGACAACCUGCAGAGAGUCAAGCAGAAGCUUGAGAAGGAGAAGAGUGAGCUCAGACUAGAGCUGGAUGACGUGGCAGCAAGUAUGGAACAGGUGGUCAAAGUCAAGACCAACAUGGAGAAAAUGUGCAGAAGCUUGGAGGACCAAGUGAAUGAAUACAGGAGCAAAGGCGAGGAGAGUCAAAGAUCGCUGAAUGAUUUCACAACCCAGAAAGCCAAACUUCAAGCAGAUAAUGAUGAGUUGGGAAGGCAGCUUGAGGAGAAAGAAUCGCUGAUCUCACAGCUGACAAGAGGCAAGACCUCCUACAACCAACAGCUUGAAGAUCUCAAAAGACAACUGGAAGAGGAAGUUAAGGCUAAAAAUGCCCUUGCUCAUGCAGUGCAAUCUGCUCGUCAUGACUGUGACCUGCUCAGAGAGCAGUUUGAGGAGGAGCAGGAGGCCAAGGCUGAACUCCAGAGGUCCAUGUCUAAGGCCAACUCUGAGGUGGCUAAUUGGAGAACCAAGUACGAGACUGAUGCCAUCCAGAGGACAGAGGAACUGGAAGAGGCAAAGAAGAAACUGGUUCAACGUCUACAAGAUGCUGAAGAAGCAGUGGAGGCUGUGAAUGCCAAAUGCUCCUCGCUGGAGAAGACCAAGCACAGAUUGCAGAAUGAGAUCGAAGACCUCAUGGUGGAUGUUGAGAAAUCCAAUGCGGCUGCUGCCUCUCUGGAUAAAAAACAAAGGAACUUUGAUAAAGUAUUGUCAGAGUGGAAACAAAAGUAUGAGGAGUCUCAGUGUGAACUAGAGAGUUCCCAGAAGGAAUCGAGAAGCAUGAGCACGGAACUCUUCAAACUGAAGAACUCCUAUGAGGAAGCUUUGGACCACCUAGAAACACUGAAGAGAGAAAAUAAGAUCCUCCAAGAGGAAAUCAGUGAUCUCUCUGAGCAACUUGGUGAGGGAGCUAAAACAGCCCAUGAGCUGGAGAAAGUUCGUAAACAAUUGGAGCAGGAGAAAACCGAAAUUCAAGCUGCUCUGGAGGAAGCAGAGGGUUCACUGGAGCACGAGGAAGGUAAAAUCUUGAGGACUCAACUGGAAUUCAACCAGGUGAAGGCUGAUAUUGAGCGCAAACUGUCUGAGAAGGACGAGGAGAUGGAGCAGAGCAAGAGAAACACACAGAGGACCAUCGACACCCUGCAGAGCUCCCUGGAGGCUGAGACUCGCAGCAGGAACGAGGCGCUCAGGAUCAAGAAGAAGAUGGAGGGAGACCUCAAUGAGAUGGAGAUCCAAUUGAGUCAGGCCAACAGGCAGGCAGCAGAGGCCCAGAAGCACCUCAAGGCUAUACAGUCGCAUCUUAAGGAUGCACAGCUGCAGUUGGAUGACUCCCUGAGGAGCAAUGAUGAUCUAAAGGAGAACAUUGCUAUCGUGGAGAGGCGUAACAACCUGCAACAGGCAGAGCUGGAGGAGCUGAGGAACUUGGUGGAGCAGACUGAGAGAGGCCGGAAACUGGCUGAGCAGGAAUUGCUUGACAUUACUGAGCGAGUGCAACUGCUCCACUCACAGAACACCAGCCUUCUGAACCAGAAGAAGAAGUUGGACAGUGAUAUAACUCAACUUCAUGCUGAGUUUGAGGAUUCACUCCAGGAGUGCAGGAACGCUGAGGAGAAGGCCAAGAAGGCCAUCACUGAUGCUGCCAUGAUGGCUGAGGAGCUGAAGAAGGAGCAGGACACCAGCGCUCACCUGGAGCGCAUGAAGAAGAACAUGGAGCAGACCAUCAAGGACCUGCAGCACCGCCUGGAUGAGGCUGAGCAGAUUGCCAUGAAAGGAGGCAAGAAGCAACUGCAGAAGCUGGAGGCCAGGGUCAGAGAUCUGGAGACAGAGGUGGAGAACGAGCAGAAGAAAAGUAGUGAGUCAGUGAAGGGAGUUCGUAAAUACGAACGCCGUAUCAAGGAGCUCACCUACCAGACUGAAGAGGACAAGAAGAAUGUCGCCCGUCUGCAAGAUCUGGUGGACAAGCUGCAGCUGAAGGUCAAGGCCUACAAGAGAUCUGCUGAGGAGGCUGAAGAGCAAGCUAAUGUUCACCUUGGCAAGUUCCGGAAGCUUCAGCAUGAGCUGGAUGAGGCUGUUGAGCGAGCCGACAUUGCUGAGUCUCAAGUCAACAAGAUGCGUACCAAAAGCAGGGACGUGGGUUCUAAGAAAGGGUUUGAUGAAUAAGGCUCUACACCCAGCAAUACCCAGCCAGCAGUCCUUCGCACUAAGUGCAACAGCGACUCCCUUUAAAACCACUGCCUCCCUCCUACGUGUGUGUGAAAUAAAAUCACCUUCAGCAAACUGA